AUGUGGAGAGAUAUCGCGACGGCGCAGUAUUACCACGGCAUCAAGAAUGUUGGCAGCUCGGAAAUUGCCAUUUGUGGGCUCGCAAUGGGAAUGGACCGUUACCUCUUCUAUAUCCGUCAGUUGCACGAUACCGUUACAGGGGACAAGGCAAAGCUGACUGGGAAGACUGCAGAAUUCUAUGCUUACAAUGUAGAGGCACUCCUGGCCCUUUUCUGGGCUGGCGCGCUUGCGCAAUCGAUAUACGGUCUCACGGAUCUCGACGUCUAUAAGCGUGUCAGAUGGGCAACUCAAGUACUCAUGAAAGCGGUUGCGGUUCUUCUGCCUGUUCUGUUGAUGUGUCUCCUUCAACUCGACGCGGUACGCCGAUCUUUCGCGGCUUUCCUGUUGGUGGCCGACGCUUGCAGUACGUAG